AUGGCGAGGAAUAGCUCGAUACGAGAGAACAUUGAGCUGUCAAUAAGUUCUAAGAGCAAUCGGAGUUCCGAGCCCCUUGUUCGGUCCAAAAUCCAAGACAUAUCCGGUGAAAUGACACAAAACUACAACCUACGAGAUUAUGGAGAUUUUGAGAACAGACUUCCACGAAAGAGCAGCCCGAGGGGCCUUUUUCAAGGAUGGAAGUUCACUCUUUUUCUGGCUUUCACAGCAAGUGCUAUGGUAUUAUUGUUCAAUUUUGCCUUCCUCAUUUUCACAGCCACCCGCACCCAGCAGGGUAAGGAUGCUGCGUUGUCAAGAGGAGACUGCGAAAGAGUACACCAACUGAGUACUGGAUACCAUUGGAUCAUCAACGUGCUCAGCACCAUUCUACUCGCCGCAAGUAAUUUCGGGAUGCAAUGCUUGGUAGCUCCAACGAGAAAUGACGUUGAUCGAGCUCAUAAGGGCCUGCGGUGGCUAGAUAUUGGGGUACCGAGUAUCCGCAAUCUAUUCCGUGUCUCAUCAACACGCUCGGUUCUGUGGCUCUUCUUGUUUUUUUCAUCGCUGCCACUCCACAUCUUUUACAAUUCUGCAAUUUUUUACCAGACUGCAGUCCCUGCUUACGACAUAUUUGCCGGGCCAGAAGGUUUGGAUCAACUCGAUUGGUCAGACGUCUACUUGUCCAGCCCAUUCGACAAUUCAACUCUAAGAGCGUCUCUCAAUGGCCUCUUUCACGCCGCCAAAAUCGGGAACUUGAAGUACUUAGAUAGCGCAGACUGCGUUACAGCUUUUGCUCAAACCUACCAAACGACCUAUGGCAAGGUCCUCUUGGUUACCCAAAAUGACACGAAGGGCUUGUACACUUUCAUUGGCUCAAACAGUGUAUAUCAUCCACCUGUUUCUGGGCUGGGCGACCUGUAUGGGGCGAUGUCUGCUUAUAAAUGGCUGUGUCCAGCAAACGCCCAGGAAGAUGAUUGCAGUAAAAAGGGGAGCUCUGUGCCCUACAAAUUGGCGACAGAGAAUAACUGGAAGGUGUCUACUUCCCGGUCUCAAGAAUUUUGGGAUUAUUGGUCACCCGAUGAAUAUACCUACAGCGAUUGGUUGUCCCAUGAUUAUGGAACCUACAACAAUUUCUUGUCUGAUUCAUCCGAUGUUCAAUCUAGGGUCCGAUACUGUCUGGCAGAACCUACACCACAAAAUUGCAGUCUGCAGUAUUCUGUGCCCCUAACAGUGGGCACAGUUAUCUGUAAUAUUGUGAAGACAUUCGUUUUACUUUACAUCUGGCUCGGGAUAAAAGAGACUCCUCUCUUGACUGUUGGCGAUGCCAUCGCAUCCUUCCUUCGCCGCCAGGAUCCAUAUUCUAAGGGGAUGUGUUUUCCAACCACUGGAACCGGGCCUGUGGCCUUCAGUAAAAAACGGAAUCGCUGGGGGUCCGCUGUCUCCAGUCGUUGGGGCUUCUUCAUUUUCUUUUGGAUACUUGCUAUCAUGAUCUGCAUCCUCCUUCUAGUCCUAUCCAUCGUCGGAAUUACCAGUGGCGGUCUUGGGCAGCUUGGUGCUAUCUCCUCCGAUACAAUCCUCAGUGUUGAGAACUCUGGUGAAAGCCUCGUUACGACUUCUCUCGUCGCCAAUCUGCCACAGCUGAUAUUUUCAUUCCUUUAUGUCGCUUACAACAGCCUCUUAACUUCAAUGUGUCUCUCCGCCGAGUGGGACCGCUUUGGUAACGAUCGCAAGGGGUUACGCGUCUCCCAUAGCCCAAAGCUUGCCCAACGGAGCAACUAUUUUCUUUCAAUUCCGUAUCGAUUUGCGAUGCCGCUGAUUGUGACUUCCGCCAUUCUGCAUUGGCUUGCUUCACAAAGUCUUUUUGUGAUCGCAAUUGAGGCAUAUGACACGAAAUUACAGAGGGACUCUGCAAACAAUGUAUAUGCUUGUGGGUACUCUCCAGUCGCAAUCCUUAGCGGGGUGUGCAUCGCGACUGCUAUGUUUCUUGGUUUAAUAGUUAUAAGUCUCCGGCGAUUUGAGUCAGAGAUUCCCGUGGCUUCGAACUGCAGCAUAGCUAUUGCUGCGGCGUGUCAUCCACUAUAUAAUCCGAACGUGAAUUCAGCGGAUCCGGGGGUGGGGAGAGAGACACAAGGUACAGAGGAUAUAGAGUCCGAGCAAGAAGAGGAGGAUAUGGCACUAUUACCUGUGAAAUGGGGAUCUAUACCGAUCGAUGGGCCCGUGGGUCAUUGUAGCUUUACUUCUGUUGAGGUAUAUCCACCCGAGGAAGGGAAGGAAUACCAAUAA